AUGGGCAAGGAAGGAACAAUGACAACGUUGGCCAUGAUAAGUGGGGAAGGUGAUGAGAGGGAUGCAGUGCCAGUGGCACUGUGCUGUGGGCGGUGUGGACCUGAUGCAUGGCUCCUAGACACCCAGCUGCCUGCAACCCUGCCCUUUCCCUGCCCACAGGUGAUUCUGGCAACGCUGUUUCUGGCAGCAAGUGAAUCACCACCCCUGGGGUGCCAGAAUUGCACCGGGCUCCUGGGGCAUCAGGUCCCUGUGCGACCACCCACCCGCCCACGGAGGGUCGCCACCAGACGCCCCUGCCCUGCUGGCAUGAACUGGAUCGAGAGGGCUCACCAGUGCUGUAUCCAGUGUCCUGCAGGGACAUUCCUGAGCAGACCCUGCUCAAACCACAGCAACGACAGUGACUGUACCCCCUGUCCCCCCGGCACCUUCCGUGCCCAGCCCAACACCUUCACCGAGUGCCAGGCUUGUUACGAGUGUGACCGCCAAGCUUUUCAGAGUGUGUUGAGUAACUGCUCGGCUACCAGCAACGUUGCCUGUGGCUGUGAGCCCGGCCGCUUCCGUGACUGCCUCGAUGAGCGCUGUGACGACUUCACCUGCCAGCAGUGCCAGCCAUGCACUGGACGGCUCAUCCAGCGGCCCUGUUCAGAGACACAGGACACUGUCUGUGGCAGCUGCAAGCCUGACUACUAUGCUGAGGGUGGCGAGUGCCGGCCAUGUCACACGAGCACGCCGGAGACAUGCGGCAAGGAGUGCCAGCGGGUGUGCGGCAGUGGCCCAGGCUCGGGGCUGGAGUAUGUUCUGCUGGCACUCACUGGGCCCCUCUUCCUGGGUGCCCUCGUCAUCUACCACAAGAGGAAGCGGCUUCGGCAAGAUGCCCCAGCACACAGCCCGCUACACACAGCACAGGCAGCCACCACCACACCCAGGGCUGGGGCCAGAUCACUGUGCCAGGUCAGUAGUCAGGGAUGGGACAGUCAGUGCUGGACCCAGCUGUGUUCCCCGCAGGAGAUGGAGUGUGUCACCAGCACAGCAAGGCGCAGCCCCGAGCACCGGGCCUUACUACAGGAGCAGCCCAGCACCACGGCAUGGCCGCGGGGUGAGGCAGAGCCCUCUGCCCCUCUGGAGCCCCGCAGCACCCUGCUGCAGGGCAGCCAGCUCUACACGGUCAUCGAUGCGGUGCCGGUGCGGCGCUGGAAGGAGUUCAUGCGGGUGCUGGAGCUGCGGGAGGCAGAGAUCGAGCUGGUGGAGCUGGAGGUGGCUCACAUCCGUGACCAGCAGUAUGAGAUGCUGAAGCGCUGGUGCCAGCAGACCAGUGCCACACUUGACCGUGUCUUCACUGCCCUGGAGCGCAUGGAGCUCGCUGGGUGCGCCGAGGCGCUGCGUCGGAGCCUGCUGGUGGGACCCUGACCCCAGCCCUGCCACCCCGGCAGAGGGAGGUCCUGGCACCUCCACAGGUGCUUCGGCAGAGCCAUACCCCUAAGUAUUGUUACUUAUGCCGUGUAGACAUUUUAUGUCAGUUUUAUGUCCCCUCCCACCCACCACAUCCCUAUUUAUGUCCCUCUGCUCCCAGGGCCAGGGAGACCCUGUGCCCUGGUAUGCCAGGUGCCCGGCCGCUCGCGGGACGAGCGACUGCUGAGCCCGCCGCAAAUCCAUGGGAGAGUUCUCGAGGCCGCCUGCUGCUGGGCGCGCCUGCCCCUGCCCCA